AUGUCCUCGCAUCUUCAAGUCCUCCAAAAUUUCAAAUAUUCCAAAAGCUGCGUCUUCGUAAUCCUAGCACUAGUGCUUCUACUGGACGACCAAAUAAAAGCUUCUACCGACCCUCCCUUAUCGCAAAGAAAAGAUGUAUCGUCCUCGUCUUCCUAUUACUCGGGUGGCGGUGAAAGGUGCGGGAUCUUUCAAAUCCCGUUCCCCUUCUGCCUGAAUGCCAGCAGCGCUUCUUCUUCUCCUGCUUGCAAGUGGUCAGGGUUACUUUCAGGUGCCUUCAGCCUCUCGUGCCUCAACUCCUCCUCACUGUUCCUCAACAUUGCCUCUCAAAGCUACCGCGUCCUCUACUUCUUUCAGGACGGUGUACUGGUCGAUUUUCCCAACACGUCCGUUUGUCAUCGCGGCUACAACGACCUCAAUUCUUUCGCUUUUGCAGGGGACCAGUACUUUGGCAUCUCCACCGAUAAUGUGGUAGCCCUGUAUGGUUGCCAGGAUGCUUCCCCUUGCAAAACAGGCUGCGGAAAAAGCUUAAUGCCAGAUUGCGAUCAUGAUGGCGGUGGCGUUGCUGCUGGUGUUGGUGGAUAUCCUGCUUGCUGCUAUCCACUCUCUGACUUCAGUAUUAGUAAUGGUUUCUCUUUCUUUUCCCAGUAUGGAUGCAGAGGACUCUCCUCUUGGGUUAUUCUGCCAGGGAACAGAACAGGCAUGGGGGGAGUGAAGCUGGAGUGGGCAAUUCCCAGAAAUUCGACCCUAGCCACUUGUGCUACAAACGGUGACGCUAUCAAUGCCUCGUCUGUCAAGUCAGGGAUGAGAUGCCAAUGUCGUGACGGAUUCCUCGGUGAUGGAUUUACUUUUGGGCUUGGAUGCUUCAAGCCCUGCCAGGGUGAUGGAAAGGAAGCUCCGGUCAACGAUCGUUACCGAAAGAACCAUCACACGGUACAAGCAAUAAUUCUAGCUGGAGCUCUGGCUGCAGUUUCCACGAUCGCGUCCUUCGUAGGACUCUGCUGUCUUCUAAAAAGACAGCAGAGUAGUCAGUGUAGUAGACAUGAGCCCGAUGAAAGCUGCAGCGAUGGUUCAAGUAUGUCAUUCAGCACAGCCCACACGACCCAAAUGUUUACUUUCCAUGAGCUUGAGCAAGCGACGAGAGGAUUCGAUAAUGGGCAAAAACUAUCUGACGGCAUCAAAUCCGCACUAUAUACCGGAGAUAUCUUGGAUGGAUCUCGUGUUGCUGUUCACAUGAUACGAUGCGAGAGUGGAACUGAGCUGACCCAAAUCUUUUCACGAGUCCAGGCCCUAUCAGCUAUUUCGCACAAGAACAUGGCCCACUUGCUUGGAUGGUCUAUUGAUUCUUCUACAUAUACUCUGCUGGUGGUGUAUGACUAUCCGGCUAAUGGAACUCUGGAAGAACAAAUAUCCAAAAUCGAAGAUCCAAAGAUGAUAGGACUUGACUGGUUUAAGAGACUGAAUAUUGUUGCUGAAACUGCGAGUUUUCUUGCAUUUCUUCAGCAUGAGAUUUCUCCUCCCAUUUUUCAUUUUGAUCUCCAAUCUUGUCAUAUCUUCUUAGAUGAUGAGUUUUCCGUAAAGAUUGCUGGAUUUGGGCUAGGCAUCUCCAAUCCACUACCUAACUGCUCAUACACCAAAAUGCAUGAUGUUUACAACCUUGGUCUGAUUCUUUUAGAGGUCAUCACAGGUACAAAAUCUAUGGAUAUUCCUGUGACAGCUUUGCAGAUGAUAAGGAAUGGAAAGCUCGAAGAAGUCGUAGACCCAUUUCUUUGCUAUCAUGAACAGCCUCUCUGUCGUCGAGAGCAGAUUGAGAUUCUUGCGGACCUUACAACCAGAUGCUUGUUGUUUGGUGUAGAUGGCAAACUUGGCAUGACAGAUGUCGCUAGAGAGCUAAUGCACAUCACAAAAGAAAGUCUUGAUGGCAGCCGUAGGAGGUGCCCUUCACUGGAGGAAACAUUUUCCAAUUCAAGCCUCCUUCAGAUGAUAUCCAUGUCUCCUGAUUCUCUUUAUGUGCCUUGA